AUGCACGAUCCGUUCCCCAUCCCACCGUCAGCUUGGUUGAGCAAGGCAGUUCAGCCUUUCGCCGACCGCGUCGGCUUCACCACGCUCCCGCUUCACAUCCACGAAGUCGUCGUGGCAUUUAUUGGCUACUAUUUUAUCAAUAUCGUCUUGUCGCCCUGGAUCUCCAACCUAUUAGUCCCCGACAAAUAUAACAAGCUUUCGCGCGAGCGCAAGAUCAACUGGGAUGUUCAUGUGGUGUCGCUAUGCCAAAGCACACUCGUCAACGCCCUUGCCCUAUGGGUGAUGUGGGCGGAUGAAGACCGCAAGAAUAUGGACUGGCAGCAGCGGAUUUGGGGUUAUACUGGAGCUGCGGGCAUGGUCCAAGGCCUGGCGACGGGAUACUUUCUCUGGGAUUUGGUCGUCACGCUCCAGAAUGUCAGGGUGUUCGGCCUAGGCAUGCUUGCUCAUGCUGUUUCCGCUCUUAUAGUAUUUUCUUUUGGCUUCCGGCCCUUUGUAAACUUUUACGGAUGCACGUUCAUCCUUUACGAACUUUCCUCCCCGUUCCUUAAUUUCCACUGGUUCUUCGACAAGAUGGACAUGACAGGAUCCCGGGCUCAGUUAUAUAAUGGCAUUAUGCUUCUCUUUACAUUCUUCAGCUGCCGCCUGGUGUGGGGUACAUAUCAAACGGUGCGAGUUUACCAGGAUAUCUGGGCUGCGAUCCACCACCAGCCCGCAGGGACUGGCAUCCACAUGGACGCCCUCAACAACAGCACCACUGCAGCCCGCGACGCCGCAGCUGGAAAGAGCGCUGCUCCUAUUCAUGGAGAUAUUAUGCGGUUCGCAGGCGAGGAGUAUGUUCCGCUCUGGCUCGCUUUUACAUAUCUCGGAAGCAAUAUUGUUCUGAACACGCUCAACUUCUAUUGGUUUGGGAAGAUGAUUGAGACGGUUAGGAAGAGGUUCCAGCCUCCCAAGGAGGAGAGGCGGAAGCAGAAAGCUACGGCGGCGAUGGCCACCGGCGCUAAUGGGAGGGUUACGAUCGAGCUUGAUGAGACUGAGGUCCGUAGAAGGAAGGUGGCAGAGGCCCUGGAGGAGCCUCUAGGGGCCGCUAUAUGA